UUGUGUGUGUGUGUUUGUGUUUGGAGUAGUUAAUUUGAAUUUUGAGUAAUUUGAAGUGUUUUUAGUGGAUUUGUGAGUGAAUUCGGGAGAGUUUGGAGUAGUUAAUUCGAAUUUUGAGUAAUUUGAAGUGUUUUUAGUGGAUUUGUGAGUGAAUUCGGGAGAGUUUGGAGUAGUUAAUUCGAAUUUUGAGUAAUUUGAAAUGUUUUUAGUGGAUUUGUGAGUGAAUUAGUGAGAGUUUGGAGUAGUUAAUUCGAAUUUUGAGUAAUUUGAAGUGUUUUUAGUGGAUUUGUGAGUGAAUUAGUGAGAGUUUGGAGACAUAAAUUAGCUACACUGGUUCCUGCUUCCACUUGGUGUCCAACUCGAUUUGUAUUUUCCCGUGUUCCGUUUGGUGUAGGCAACAGGAAUGGUCAUCAAUCUCUUGCUAAUGAUGAUCUGGAAUUGAGACCUGACCAACAUGGUGACAUGUUUGGAGAUGGACUAACUGCCUUGGUUGCAUUGGUGUUCCUUGAUGCUGUUGUGUUUCUCUCUUACAACCUGUAUUUUCUUAUUUGUGAUUUGAAGUGGUUUCAGCUGCAUCAAAUGUCAUUAGGUUCCUACAUGAAUUAUUUGCCUUUUGCACUUAGAUAAAUUUUCUGGUGUUUGUGAUAUUGAUGCAAAGACUCUUUCCACAUCAACCGUAGAAAGAAAGAAAGAAAGAAAGAACAUAAAGUAUGAAGAAUGCUUCCUGGUUUAAGAUACUGACUUUGAUUCUAUAUGUCCGAUUUUUGGUGUUGAGUAGAUUGCUUAAGCGACUAACCCAGGAGCUACAGACAUCUGGGGUGGAUUUGUGAUAGAUUGCUUCUGAUCAUGCUAAAUCGACAUCUACAUGACUUUCUUGACUGUUGAAAAGUGUACUUCUAGUCUGACAUAUGUGCAUGGUUAAUUUGACUCUGUACUGGAUUUUGCUUCAAAAUUUCUGAAUUAGGCCUGUUUUGAACUUGAAUCAAGGUAGCCAGAAUUCGAGGAUUUGGAUACCUUAGUUUGAUCUGAUUUUCACUGCCCUGACCUGACCUGAAUUGAUUUUUUUAUUCGUAAACAAAUUGGUUGUCAAAAGACAUAAAUAUGAAUAUGACCUGAACUUGUUCUAAACCAAACCAAAAUAAACUGAAUCUUUUUGGAGGGGUGUUGGACUAUGUUAUUUUUGAAGUUUUGUUUUAAAAAAAGGUCACUAUGCCAUAAAAAGAGGCAACUACUUUGGUUUCUUUUGUUUAUCUUUUCGUAUGUCUUGUUACAGGGUGCAACAAGGAUUUUCAUUCGAUUUGGAUUAGAUUUUAUUCCUAUGGUGAGAACUAGAGGUGGUGCUACUUUUAAAAAAAGGAGAGGCCUUCGUAGCUCAACAGGAGGAGUUAAAUUGAAAGAUACAGGAGCAUGUAUCAAUCUCGAUCAUGAAGAUGAAGAGCAUAUUGAUGGUGGAAGCAAAAUGAUCGAUGAUGAUACUAACAGAGAUAAAGAUGCUUGUAUUGAAAAAGGAUUGAAAAAGAAAGCUAUCACUAAGAAAAAGAAACCUUCUAACAUUGAGAAUGCUAUACCUUUGUCAACUGUGAUGAAAGGAAAGAAGGGGAAUGAGUCUUCUUCUUCACAUGCUAUUGUUUUGCCAGCUAAGAAGAGAAAGUUGGAUGAAAAUGAAGGUCUUAAAGUGAAGAAAGUGAAGGCAAAUAAUGAUAAGAACAUUGUGAUUCAUAGGCAAGAAUCUGCAAUCAUAGAUAGUGAUGUACAUAUGGUGCAACGAGGAUUUAAAACACGUUGCAGGCCAUUUCAUUUAGUAGAGAUGAUUAAAACUUUUUCAGAUGAUCAAAUCAAGGCUGUUAAAGAAAUUGGCUUUGGAGGUUUGUUAUCUUUGAAGGUGAAACGAACUGCAACUGAUAUGCUAUCAUGGUUGGUAGAUUGUUUUGAUCAUGGUAGCUGCAUGUUUACUAUUGAUGGUAAAAAAGAUUUUGUUGUGACUGAAUUUGAUGUGUAUGAUGUUUUUUGCCUUCCUUGCAAAACAUCUAAGAAAGUUGAAGAAAUUUCUCGUUGUGCUAAUGUCAUCAACCCUGAUUAUGAUUUAAAGGUUAAAUGGAGGUCUCAUUUUGGUCUUAUGGGUGAGAAUGAUCAGAUUCCUUUGGGUUUUUUGGAAUCUAAGAUCCCUUUACUAGUAGAUGGCGGGGAAGAAUUCAGACAGCUUUUUAUCAUGCAUGCUUUUUCAAGUUUUUUAGCACCUACGUCCAACAGAACUGUGGAUUUGAGAAUUGUAAAAUGUUUGGUUGAUGUUAAUCAAAUAAGAAUUUAUAAUUGGUCAAAAUAUGUCUUAGAUAGACUUUGUGAAGCCGUGAAGAGCUACAAAGAAGGAAAUAUAGAAUGGUUUUGUGGUUGUGUUUUGAUGUUAGAGAUUAUCUAUUUUCAUCGAUUGAGGUUUAGGAAUGUUGUGUUAAAUUCUACAAUACCUUUAAUUCAACAUUGGACUGAUGUGGAUAUAAGAGAUAGAAUUAGAAAUGAAAAGUUGUCCAAGGGUUUUGGGUGUGGAAUUCUUGAGUUUGAUACAUAUCCAGUGAGUGAGAAGUUGCAAUUUGAGGAUGGACAAGUUGUUUGUAAUCAAUUCAAGGAAGCUCCUGUGAAUCAAACUUCUGGAAAAGAAUCUGUUGUUUAUGAAGGUGUCCGUAGCAAUGUUAAGGGUGUUAUUCAGUUUGAGCUACCUGCCAGUUCAAUGUCUAAUGAGGAAAUCCGUUCAAUUGCUAUUGAUGAAGUUUAUGAGAAGUUUUUGCUCAUGAAAAGAGAUUUAGAAGUGGUAUCUAACUUCUACAUGAAUGAGUUGAAAGUGUUAUUUCAGACUCGUAAAUCUAAUGAUGCUUCAACUUCGACACCUCCAAUGUCCCAAACUGAUUUAUUCUUUAUGAAUCCUCGUGUUCAUGAAAUUGUUGAUGAGAUUGUGUCUCUUGUAAAUUGGGUAAGCAAAGUGCCUAAUGGUUUGGAUGAUGAUGAUAUUGAUGAUAAUGGUGCACCUGCAAAAGAGAUUAAUGUUGUAGUUGGUGAGGUUCCAAGGAUAGGUUUUGAGCAUGUUUUGAGUAAUGGAAAAUCUAAAUGCUCCCUUGCUAUGGAUGUUAGUCUCUUUGGUGAUAAAGUUACAUAUGUAACUGAAUAUAUGAAGUCAAGUAAUAAGGAUAUGAAGGUUUUGGAUGCAGUUGUCCAGGAACUUGUUGACUACUGCAUUAGUGAUUAUCAUGGUUUCGAUCUCAAUGAGGUGUUGGUAUCUUUUGGCAAACCAUUUGAGAUUACAAGGAAUGAAUUCCUUUCAUUAGGUGCACCGGCUAUUGCUAUAUCUUCUGUUAUUAUUGAUUGUUGGGCUAUGUUGCUUAAUGAAAACCAGAAGAGUAGUGCACAUGGACCUCAAAAACUAUAUUUUGGUGUUUCUCAAAGUGCUUUUUUACUGAAAGUUGCAAACACAGAUAGUAACACACAAGACAUUGACAAGCUAUUUGACAUUUGGUCAAGAUGGUUGUUCAUUCCUUGCAAUGAUUUUGAUAUUGCAAAUGUUGAGUUGAUAUUUGUUCCUAUACUCUUGAAUGAGCACUUUUUCCUAAUUGUUGUGAAUUUGAAGGAAGAAAAGCUUCAGUUCAUUGAUAAUAUGAGUUAUGAUACAAAGUACAUGAGUGAGGUUGAGAAGUUCUCUGAUGUUCUGAGUGAUAUGCUGAGUACUUUUCUUGAUCAACGCCUUCCUCAAAGUAAUGACUCAGUGAAGAACAUGAUUGAGUAUACUUUGGAGUCACCUUCUGUAAAUUGGAAGUCUGGAAAACAGAAGAAUAAUGAUAGUGGCAUUUAUACUAUGGUCAGCAUGCUUUACUUUGAUGGAGCUGAUGUGUUCGACUGCGAUGUUUUGAAAACGGUUUCAACUAGACGGACAUUGAGAGCUCAGAUUGCUGCUACUCUGGUAUUAUCUGAUAUGAACAUUGUUAGAGAUGAAGUUCUUGAAAAGCUAUCUGAAUUCAGAUUAAUAAGGAGUCAAGUUGCAAAAGAUGUUUUUGAUGGGAUUAAGAAGAAAACAAAGCAAGGUAAAAAGGAAAAGAAAGUAUAGGCAGACUAACGAAUAUGUGGAUGAAGUUUUUUGCUCGGAAGUAUUUGUAUUUUGCACAGAAGUAGGAAAUCUAAUGUAAUGAUGUAGUUUGCAUCAACAAAUGGAUAAUCUAACAAAAUUGUAUAAGUGUUAAUAUAGAACAAUAUGAUAUGAUUCCAGUUCAUACAAAGCUUUUGAAUUGGUGGUAUUGGUAGUUCUUUUGAUAUGUAAUCUUUAAUUGACAUUCAAGAAGUUUAGUGAAAUAUAUAUUAGUUAU